AGCCUUCCCGGAGGCGGCACGGGCGGGAGCCGGGGUCGGAGGGGCCGCGCCGCGCGGGGACCUGCUAGUCCCCUCCAUGUGAGCAGUUCUCCGCAGCCCGGUCAGGCGAGGUCUGCCCGCAGAGGGACCAUGAGGCCGCGGCUCCUCUUCCUCACCGGCUUGGUUCCUUUGGUGUUGGCGCCGCGACCUCCGGACGGCGCGGGGUUCGACUCCCACCCGCGACUCGAGAAGCUUGAUUCUUUGCUCUCAGACUACGAUGUCCUCUCUUUAUCUAGUAUCCAGCAGCACUCGGUAAGGAAAAGGGAUCUACAGGCCUCGGCACACUUAGAAACACUGCUCACUUUUUCAGCUUUGAAAAGACAUUUUAAAUUAUAUCUGACAUCAAGUACUGAACGCUUUUCACAAAAUUUCAAAGUCGUCGUGGUGGAUGGCAAAAAUGAGAGCGAGUACACUGUGAAGUGGCAGGACUUCUUCAGCGGACACGUGGUUGGUGAGCCUGAUUCUAGAGUUCUAGCCCAUAUCGGAGAUGAUGAUGUUACAAUAAGAAUCAACACAGAUGGGGCAGAAUACAAUGUAGAGCCACUUUGGAGAUUUGUUAAUGAUCCUGCCGAGAAAAGAAUGUUAGUGUAUAAAUCUGAAGAUAUUAAGAACGUUUCCCGUUUGCAGUCUCCAAAAGUGUGUGGCUAUAUAAAAGUGGAUGGUGAAGAGUUGCUUCCAGAGGGGCUCAUGGACAUGGAGCCCCCUGAAGGGCUUGCUCACCGCGUGAAGAGGCGAGCUGAGCCAAACCCCAUGAAGAACACGUGCAAACUGCUGGUGGUCGCCGAUCACCGCUUUUACAGAUACAUGGGCAGAGGGGAGGAGAGCACCACCACCAACUACCUGGUGAGCAUACGGGGUGGUAAAUGCGCACUGCGUAACGGCUGCUUCCUUUCUACACAGAUAGAGCUGAUCGACAGAGUGGAUGAUAUCUACCGGAACACCUCGUGGGACAAUGCGGGGUUCAAAGGUUACGGAGUGCAGAUAGAGCAGAUUCGCAUUCUCAAGUCUCCACAAGAAGUGAAACCUGGAGAAAGGCACUAUAACAUGGCAAAAAGUUACCCAAAUGAAGAGAAGGAUGCUUGGGAUGUGAAGAUGCUGCUGGAGCAAUUUAGCUUUGAUAUAGCUGAAGAAGCAUCUAAAGUCUGCCUGGCACAUCUUUUCACUUACCAAGAUUUUGAUAUGGGAACUCUAGGACUGGCUUAUGUGGGUUCUCCCCGAGCAAACAGCCAUGGCGGUGUAUGUCCCAAGGCUUACUAUAGUCCUGUUGGGAAGAAGAAUAUCUAUUUGAAUAGUGGUUUGACCAGCACGAAAAAUUACGGUAAAACCAUCCUUACAAAGGAAGCUGACCUGGUUACAACUCAUGAGUUGGGACACAAUUUUGGAGCAGAACAUGAUCCUGACGGUUUAGCAGAAUGUGCCCCGAAUGAGGAUCAGGGAGGAAAAUAUGUGAUGUACCCCAUUGCUGUGAGUGGGGACCACGAGAACAAUAAGAUGUUUUCAAACUGCAGUAAACAGUCCAUCUAUAAGACCAUCGAAAGUAAGGCCCAGGAGUGUUUUCAGGAGCGCAGCAACAAGGUGUGUGGGAACUCGAGGGUGGACGAGGGUGAAGAGUGUGACCCUGGCAUCAUGUACCUGCACAACGACACGUGCUGCAACAGCGACUGCACCCUCAAGGCCGGCGUGCGGUGCAGUGAUCGGAACAGUCCUUGCUGUAAAAACUGCCAGUUUGAAACUCCCCAGAAGAAAUGCCAGGAGGCUAUUAACGCUACCUGCAAAGGCGUGUCUUACUGCACAGGGAACAGCAGCGAGUGCCCGCCUCCAGGCAAUGCCGAGGAUGACACGGUGUGCUUGGACCUGGGCAAGUGUAAGGAUGGCAAGUGCAUCCCUUUCUGUGAGCGGGAGCAGCAGCUUGAGUCCUGUGCCUGCAACGAGACAGACAACUCCUGCAAGGUGUGCUGCAGGGACCCUUCCGGCCGCUGCGUGCCCUACGUUGACGCUGAGCAGAAGAACUUAUUUUUGAGAAAAGGAAAGCCCUGCACAGUGGGGUUCUGUGACAUGAACGGCAAAUGUGAAAAGCGUGUGCAGGAUGUAAUUGAGCGACUCUGGGACUUCAUCGACCAGCUGAGCAUCAAUACUUUCGGGAAGUUUUUAGCAGACAACAUCGUAGGCUCCGUCCUGGUCUUCUCCUUGAUAUUUUGGAUUCCUUUCAGCAUUCUUGUCCAUUGUGUGGACAAGAAGCUGGAUAAGCAGUACGAGUCCCUGUCGCUGUUUCACCCCAGUAAUGUGGAAAUGUUGAGCAGCAUGGACUCGGCCUCGGUGCGCGUCAUCAAGCCCUUUCCCGCGCUCCCCACACCAGGCCAGCUACAGCCCAUCCCCGCGAUGCCGCCCGUGCCUGUGGCGCCCAAGCUCGACCACCAGAGAAUGGCCACCAUCCAGGAAGACCCCAGCACAGACUCACAUGUGGAGGAGGACGGCUUCGAGAAGGACCCCUUUCCCAACAGCAGCGCAGCUGCCAAGUCCUUUGAGGACCUCACAGACCACCCAGUGACCAGGAGCGAGAAGGCCGCCUCUUUUAAGCUGCAGCGGCAGCAUCGCGUUGACAGCAAGGAGACGGAGUGUUAGCGUGGGUGCUGGGACUGAGCUGUCAGAGGAUGUUUAUUGAAUUGACCUGCAAUCAUAGCCUCUAUUUUGUGAAGAUUUGGGAGACAGAAGGAAGUGACUUAAUGGCAGAUGCUGGUCAUGUGUUUGAACUUCCUUUUUGUUUACCACAGUUGCGUGGGUUGGCCCUUUUCCUGUUGAAGAGGUAAGGUACAUCUAGCUUAUUUUGAGGCUUUCAGGUUUAACUUCUUGAUCUUUAAAGUGUCCCUUGACCUGUGGUACCAAAGCAGAAAAUACAGCUGGAUGAGGUUUGAAUAUUUACAUUUUUGUAAAUUAACCUUUUAUGUUGAUGACGCACUGAUCAGACACUGUAGUGACCCACCGAGUGUUUGCCUGUGCGG